UUUGCUGCGGGAAGCAGAAGAGGAACGAAGCGGAGUCGAAACGCGCGAGGAAGACUGUGAGUGAAGGCUAUUGAGGGAAAGUAGAAAAAGAAGACAGGAGGCGGCGGAGGAAGAGCGAGGAGUUGACGGAUCGGAGUAUUUUUAGAAGGCGAACCAAGGAACAGCAAGGACAAAGUCGUCUGCUUUGUUUUGUUUGCUUUCCUUCCCCGAUGCCAGUGUCAUUUUGUAGCCUUGCGCUCGAGCUUGCCCCGGUCGCUACGCCAGGCUCCAUCUGUCCAAGCGCGAGGCGGCACGUGGAAGUCGCGGAAGUGAGAGCGCCGUUCAGAUGCGGACUGCCAAUCAGCCCCAGUAAGUCCAAUCACUGAAACGGUAGACGAGAAAACCCCCCGAACAAAGAUGCGCCGCUCUCAUUGAUUUCAUUUCCUUCUCAUCUCACGUUUGUCACCCCCCCCCCCUCCUCGCCAGCCCGCCGUCGCACCCCCACUGGUUUGUAUUCCAUCCUCCCUCCUCCUCCUCCUCCUCCUUUGGCGUCCUCUCUCGCUCGCUGUCACACAAGCUGCAACAGCGGACGCUUUUCAAUUUCUUUCCGCUGAGUCGGCAGCGUCAGGAGGGACCAACAAGUCCGCUCGCUGAACCGACGUGGGGGUAGCUCGGGGGGAGUGUCCUUCGUCAACCAGUCAGAGGGUUGUUCGUCCCGGUCUGGAUUUACCGUUUACCCUGGAGCUACAUGUGGGUCGCAGCCCCGCAAGCCGGGCUGGGAAAUGACGCUAUCCCCGCGGUUGUAGGAGCCCUGUGGGCGGGGGUCAUGGCCCGAGAGGGGCGCCGUCUCCGGUCCCCGACAGCCACCCGACUGCACGGAACAACCCGGACGCUCGCUUCCACUCUGUUGUCGCGGACGCACCUGCACGGGCUGAGGCAGGUGUGCGUCCCUGGCGGUUCCCUGGGGCGAAGAGUCUUCUGGCUCCUGGCGCUGUGCACCUCCCUGGGCCUGCUGCUGUCCUGGUCAUCCAACCGGCUACUUCACUGGAUGUCCUUCCCCACCUACACGCGGGUCCACACUGAGUGGGCCAAGGAACUGGCAUUCCCCGUCGUCACCAUCUGCAACAACAACCCCAUCCGCCUCUACAAGCUCACUAAGAGCGACCUGUACUUCGCCGGACACUGGCUCGGCCUGCUGCUGGCCAACCGCACGGUCCGCCCCCUGGUGCUGGACCUGCUGCAGGAGGACCGCGUGGGCUGGUUUGGCAAGCUGUCAGACUUCAGGCUUUUCCUGCCGCCCCGGAACUUUGAGGGCACCAACUUGGAGUUCAUGGAUCGGCUUAGCCACCAACUGGACGACAUGCUUCUCUCCUGCAAGUACAGAGGGGAACCUUGCGGGGCUCACAACUUCUCAUCCGUGUUCACCCGCUACGGCAAGUGCUACAUGUUCAACGCGGCCGAGGACGGCAAAUCUCUGCGCACCACCAUGAAAGGCGGCACAGGCAACGGCUUGGAGAUCAUGUUGGACAUCCAGCAAGACGAAUACCUGCCGGUGUGGGGCGACACAGAGGACACAGCGUUUGAGGCGGGGGUCCGAGUCCAGAUUCACAGCCAGGCCGAGCCCCCCUUUGUGCACGAGCUGGGCUUCGGCGUAGCCCCCGGCUUCCAGACCUUCGUGGCGACCCAGGAACAGAGGCUCACCUUUUUGCCGCCCCCCUGGGGCGAGUGCGAGUCCAAGGCUCUGGAGUCGGGCUUCUUCCAAGUGUACAGCGUGACGGCCUGCAGGAUCGACUGCGAGACGCGCUACAUCGUGGAGAACUGCAACUGCAGGAUGGUGCACAUGCCUGGCGACGCGUCCUACUGCACUCCUGAGCAGUACAAAGACUGCGCUGAGCCCGCUCUAGCGAGAUCACAUUCGCUCCUGUCACUCUUCGCCAUCACCACCCUUUUACGAUCAUCAUCAUCAUCAUGGUCGUUAGCCAAGCUGUCCGCGGCGGAGAGCAGCAGCUGCAUGUGCCGCACGCCGUGCAACGUGACGCGCUACAACAAGGAGCUCUCCAUGGUCAAGAUCCCCAGCAAAACGUCGGCGCGCUACCUGCAGAAGAAGUUCAACAAGUCGGAGAAAUACAUCGCUGACAACAUUUUGGUGUUGGACGUUUUCUUCGAGGCGCUCAACUACGAGACCAUCGAGCAGAAGAAAGCCUACGAGGUGGCGGGGCUGCUGGGUGACAUCGGCGGCCAGAUGGGGCUCUUCAUCGGGGCCAGCAUCCUCACCAUCUUGGAGCUUUUUGACUACGCCUACGAGGUGAUCCGGGACAGACUACUGGACCUCCUGAGUCGAGAGGAUGAGGAGGAGGGUCGCCGAGGGGAUGUUACUUCUUGUGAUCCGGUGGCCAACCACUCAGAGUCCAUCAGCCACAGCGUGGCCGUCCCCCUGCAGGCCACGCUGGGCACCUUGGAGGAGAUCGCCUGCUGAGGCACCCUCGCCUCCCCCCUCACCCCCCCCCCCCAACUCACCAACCCCCCCGCCACCCCUUCCCCUGCCUCCAUUCUCCGGACAGCCAAUCACGAGGCGGUAACAACUUUCUUCGGCCUCAGUGGUGAGAAAUUGGGCGGCGGGAGGGGUGGGCGGGGCUCUGAGUGCGGAGGGACACGCCCGAGUAGCAUCCAUUGGUGGCUCGACGGACACCACAGUGCGAAAAACAAAAAAAAAAAUAAAACUAAAGGACUGCGAGCCGCCGAAGCGCAUGUGUCACUCAUAACGUGCCCAUGUGAUGAAUGUAGAACGUCAACUCUGGAUCCCCGUUUCAGCUUUAAACGGGGCGACCAAUCACAUCUUUCUGUUGGACAAAAGGGGGGGGGGGACUCAGCCAAUCAAGACAGCAGAGAGAGGUUUUUCUUGCACUCUUAUUUUGAAUCAGGGCGCUAAAAGACUCCAACGUACUCACACUAGGCCAUGCCGGACUUGCCAAAAACGAUGCAACUUUCCUACUCUGCGGAUUAUUUUCAGUGGUUUUUUUGUUGAUUUCUAUCGUGCAAUGUGGCGGUUUAUCGUUUGUGACUGGUGAGAGAAUUUUGCGCGCAACCUAAUUACGACUGGACUUGUGAUGGUCGAUAAAUCCAGAUUGGACCGAUCGCUUUCGACGUGACGCGAACAUGUGCCCGAGCAUGCUGUUGGCCUUUUUUUUUUAUUUUUCACUCGGAAUUCUUGUUGAUUUCUACUGUGCAAGGUGGCCAUUUUGAACGAGAGGAGCCACGGCACGAAUGUCGGACGGACGUCAGAAGAAUUGCAUGCGCCCGUGUGUGCCGUGAGCUUUUUCCAACAGUCAAUUAUUUCGAGUGGUUUUGUUGAUUUCUAUUGUGCAAGGUUGUAAAAAGCUGCUGAGAGGAGCCAUCACGUGCAUCAUGUAUUUGUCAUUUGGAUUCUGCUUAUUUUUACUGUGCGAGGUUGCCAUUGCUAACCCGUGACAGAAGUGAUAUUUUUUGGAAUGUACAUUGUGCAUAAACGUGUCCACGUGAGCGCAUUUUUUUUUUUUUGGGACUACGGGUUACGUCGCCGUUCUGCCGAUUUCUAUUGUGCACGACGGCGCUUAUCGUGAAUGACUUGGCAAGGAGCUGUUACUUUAAAAGCAUACAAUGCAUGUGGACCUACCGUGCGGUGGGCUUUUUUUUUGUUUGUUUAAACCUUGUGCAUUAUUUCGACUUGUCGUGUUUAAUUUAUAUUAUACAAGGUGCCAGUCGUGAUGGGGAAAAAAAAGACGAGUCCAAGCGUACUGGACUUGAGGUGUCAGUUCUGAUGGCCUAGUGUGAGUCCACACAAAGAGAGGAUCUUUGAGGGGAUGCCACACUCCCACUGCUGUCUAAGGGACUGAAGGGGGGGCAGGAGUGUUUGGUGUACUGCGACUUUAAGGGCAGCAGUGUACAAAAUGUUGUAUUGGUGACGAUGUCAUUAACCAAAAGAUCCCUGGCGAGUUUUCGCCGUGUGUCCCAAACACAAAUAGCUAAGCCACAAAGCUCCCAUUUGAUUUUGUUUGUCAUGGUAGAGUAAAUGUUUUUUUUUUUUUUUUUUAGGGUCACCUUUGCUUCAGGUGACAGUGUUACAUAACGGGAAUGUUGGAAAAAAAAAAAAGACCUUUCACAAAGGGGGAAAAAAAGCUUGCAUAUGUUUUUUGUUUGUUUAGUUUUGGGGGGUUUAAAGUGCAACAAAAUGGUUCAUUUUCUGCGUACAACACGUACGUUCAUUGCUUAUCUCGGAACAGGAAAUGGAAAAGAUUCGAAUGACUGCGCGGGCAGCCACGUCACUAUAAUGACCUUUGAAAAGCGCAACAAUAGAUUUUUUUAUCUCAGUUGUCUCAAUAAAUUAAUUGAAAUUGUGCCUUUUUGAAGGGUAAACUUUUUUUCCCCGUUACUUUUAAAUGAACAAAUUACGAACUUAAACAUUAAUUAGGUUUUAAAAGGAAUUUUCUCUAUAAUUGCCUCCGGAAAGAGCAACGUUUUAUUUGGUUGAUUUGACCAAGUAAACAAACGUGAAAUUAAUUAUCUUUUAGAAAGGCAAAAAUGUUUUUUUUUAUUGAAUAGGUAUGAUAUAUAUUAUAUAUUUUAAUAUAUAUAUAUCGUAUAAAAUGUAAUUCAUUAUAUAUCAUAUAUAAUACAUAAAUAUAUAUAUAUAAUGUGUUUAAUAUUUAAUAUUAAAAAAUGUAAUUAUUUUAAGAAUAAUAAAACCAAAUUUAAAGGUAACUAGUUUACUUUCAAAAUGAUAUAAUGUAGCAUUGAAUUCAACAAUUUUGCUGAACUGUAGCUUGACGCUGCGUGAUUUGUGAUUGGUUAGUCUGUUGGGGGUGUUGGGGGGGAGAUUCCUCGCAAAAGCUCAAUUUUGGGAUGGCGCAACACUUGAUCUAAAAUGUUUUUGGGCACAUUUGUGAUUUUUCUUUCUCUCUUUUCCCACAAUCAUCUCAGCACGGCCUCCCCGCCACAGUCGCUCGUAACGGUUUCAUCACUUUAAAUUCUGAUUUCCCGUCUGUUGCACUUGAAAGCCGCCGUCUACGUGUUCCCCCCUCGUGUCGCCGGCGCCGCCUGAAACCGCUCGCCGUACCCGGGCGGCGUGUGUUUUUCGUGCCGCGGUGCCAACAUAUUGUGUG